AUGAAAUCAGUCUUCGAUAUGUUGCGCCCAUUGCAUUUCGUGCUCCUUUUUGCGGCAUUUGCCGUUCUCGCGUUCGCUGCUGCCGAAGAAAAUGAAGGAUCACCACAGGCUCAGGUGGAACCACAGCCAAAUGCGGAAACCAACGACUUAGCAGCAGACGCAAGCUCAUACGGAUACGGAUAUUAUAGACCAUACUGGAGAGGAGGAUAUGGAGGCUACGGAGGCUGGGGUGGAUAUGGCAGAGGAUACGGUGGUUGGGGUGGCUGGAGAGGAGGAUAUGGAGGAUGGGGCGGCCGAGGUUACUACGGCGGAAGGGGCUACGGUGGAGGUGGUUGGGGAGGAUACGGAGGUUACUGGGGUUGAUGCAAUCGCGCGUUGAUGCGUCUCUUCCGCGUGAUAUCUUAUCAUCGUCACUUUCAUGGACUUUUGUACUGAUGCACAAUUUUUUCAAACUACGCAAAGCCCUUUGACGGGUUGACUAGUUUCGUAAGAUGACAUUGGAGUUUUCUAAGUUUUGUAAAAUGGAGCAUUGGAGUGUAUAAUAACGGCAUUGUAUGAUAAUACACUGUGUAUGAUAAUAAAUCGGAUGCGAAAGAAAUG